UCCAAUACAUCGCGUGACAGAUUUUAUUUACAGCCAGCCAAACUGCUGGAGUGAAUCUACGACGAGAAUCGGCCGCGGUGGCUGUUCACGGGGCCAGACGACACUCUCUAAACAUGUCUUUUCGGAGAUUAUUCAUCCCUUAAAGCUGCUCCUGAAGACGAACAAUGUGGAGAGUUAAAGGUUUUGUUGGAAGAGUUCUGCAUCGAUGCUAUUGCAACACCCCACUGCGACUGCCCCAGAGCCACCAUGUGGAGGACGAGGUCAUCAACAGCUCGACUGUCCUCUCCACCUCUCGACACACCUCUGACAGCAGCUCUCAAAAAGAAGAGGAUGGAGAGAGGAGGAAGAAACAGAGAACCUUUCAGUUUGACUAUGCUGAGCUUCCUCGUUACACAGCUCUGGAUGCUGUGGGAUGGGGUACUGCAGCAGUUCUGUUCAUGCAGAUGUGCAGGAAGAUCCACUCCCAGCUCUCAUCGAGCACGGAGCCAAGCACGAUCCCUGGAGGCCCAACAGCAACCUCCACCCUGCACAAGUGUGGCUACCGCAUCCUGCUGGAGAUCUUGUCUAAACAUGAUGUCCUGCCCAGAGGAAGGAGUGUGUUGUGUCUGCAGGGGGUGCCAGAGAUUCAGAAUGAAGCCCAGUGCCCAGCUCAGAGCAGCAGCAGCAGCAGCAGCAGCAGCAGCAGUAGUAGUAGUACAGGUGGCGCCAAUCUUCACAGCAUUAGUGAGCAGGACCAUCUGACUGUUGACUGCUCCUUCUCUGAACAACAGAGGGUGCUCCUGAACCAGGAUUCUUCUGUUUCUGAGGAAUCACUUCUGUCAGCAUCCUGUCCUCUGCAGAAUGAUUCCAAUCAAGACAACACCAAGACAGAAGAUGCUAAUGAUAAGGACAUGUUGUCUGGUGAAGAGAGGCUGGCAGGAGCAGCACUGAACCUCAAACAUGUGGGAGACACCAGCGUUCCUGUCAUCCUCAACAUCAUUGGUCUAGAAAGCGCCAAGAGUAAAAACUACGAGGAAGCUUUUACAUGUUUUGUAGCUGCAGCUCAGCAGGGAUACAGCAAGGCCCAGUUUAACACGGGUGUGUGCUACGAGAAAGGCAGAGGAGUCAGCAAGGACAAAGAGAAGGCUCUGUGUUACUACUGGAAAGCAGCAAUAGGGGGUCAUAGACAGGCUCAGUACCGCUAUGCAAAGCUGCUCCUGACCAGCAGGGGGCACCAGAGUUUAGAGGAGCUGAACAUGGCGAUCAGCUUACUGGAACAGUCUGCUGCAGCUGGACUCACCAAGGCUCAGGUCUGUCUGGCCUCAGUCUACGCUCAGGAGCCGGUGAGAGAUGGGAGCAAGUCGGUCCAGUACCUGAAGAUGGCAGCAGAGAGCGGAGACAACAGCGCCCUGCUGUUCCUUGGUCAGUGCUUCGAGAGCGGCUUUGGGGUGCAGCAGAAUAUGAGCACAGCGAUUGAAUACUACAAACGAGCUGCUCGAGCGGGCAACAAGCAGGCUAAGAGCUUACUGACGCCUCCUAAUCGCACAGACAGUAAGGAAGACGCAGUGUUGCGCUCCAUCCGUUCAGCUCCAUGUUUCUCUGUGGCCGACCGUUGGCUCCAGCAGCCAUUCUCCUCCCUGGCCGGUCGCAUCCCUCCCUCCACCAUCAUGCUUCCCCUCCUGCCUCACUCCUGGAGCACCGGGUCCCUGUGUGAGUCCCCGACGCUGUCCUCCACACCUCUUCACCUCCAUCCCCACAGCACUGAGGGAGGAACCUGCCAAUGGACCGUAGGGAUAGGAUAGCUAUCCUGAGGCGGCCCGGGCCAAACUGAGGAAUGUAUUUCAUAGUGUGAAUGUAUCUUCACCAGAGGAGAAAUGUCCAAGUGUGUUAGGUGUGUAUAUAUUGUGAAGGCUGGAUGAGAGGGAAUGGAUUUUAUACUUUGAUCAAAUAUGUGAGUGUGGACAUGUUACAUGUUAAAGGUUUUUUAUAAGUCAGAAAGAGUUGUUGGUCUUACAAUAUUAUGUGUUGAAUGGGGUGUAAGCUUUUCUAUUAUUUGUUUCUUUAUAGCACUGAGUUUUCUGUAACUUAAGUUCUCCUUUGGGUAAAGAAAUGUUAUCCAGGUGCCUUUGGGUAGGGUGAGAGGGUGUUGAUUUGUUUCUCUCCCAACUAAUGUGGGAUUAAUGACAUAAAAAGAGGUAUAUUAUAUGUUUGUCUGCUGCAAACUGUCUGGCAAAGUGCUUUACAUUACCGCCAUAUUUUAACCUUCAGUGACUGUCAUUGCAUAAAAACAACUUCAGAGUAGAAAAAGGAAAUAACUACAUGUUUUGUCAUAGUUCAGCCUGUUAACUAUACACAUGCCACAGUGAAUCAUGAUACACUGAGAUGAUGUUUUACUGUCCUACGCACAAGUAAAAUUAUACUAUUUUAUGGCUGUGUGGUUACUUUGUAAUUAGCAGUGAAGUUCACUCAUGAGUAAUUACAAGUAUUGUAAUCUGUCCGUGUUCACAGUCAUUUUAAUUAAGCAGUAACUCCUACAGUGUGUAUUCUUCUCUCUGUAUUUAAAUAACUUCACACAUGGUAACCUCAUUAGUUUUAGGACCACUUUGAGUCCAUCCUCAUACAAUAUUUAUCUACAGAGAACAGGAAGUGUGUUCCAGGGACAGAUGUG